AUGUCGCCCCAAAUUUCCAAAAAGGUCUCUAUUAUUUUCAUUUUUAGUUUCAAUUUUCUAUUCAAUAUGUUACAGAUAAAAAUGCUGAAAUUCUUGUUGAUAUUUUGUUUGGGACUGAUGGGAUGGGUUUCGUCGCAAUCGCAGUUUUCGGAUAUUUUACGGAGAUUGUUGGAUGAUCAAGUGGCGCAGGCAACAAAUCCGCCAAUUAAUAUUGAGGUUUUUGGAGAGGCAUUGUGUCCGGAUACGACGAGGUUAGGAAUUUUGGGAAGGGAUUUAUGGAAGAAAAUAUAG